AUGAUCGCGGCGGGAGUGGCCGCCACACUUCUCAUCGCCCUUUCCACCAUCUACUGGCACAACAGCAAGAAGCUGACUUUCGCCCGAACCGUCGACGAUCGUGACAGCUUCUAUGACGUCAUCGCCCCGCCCCAUUGUUCGUUUCCUUCCCUGUAGAUGAAUUUCAACUUUUUUUUUGUAUUUUAUUGAUUUUCCCACUUUUUGUAUAGUUUCAGAGUUCUCACAGAAAAAAAAACCUUCAUUUUUUAUCGUUUGAAUUUUUGAGCGGUCCACGAGAUCCUGCACAACUCCUGCAAAUGGCCCAUUUUCUCCCCGUUUGAACCCGAUUUGCAGCCUUUUUUGGAGACGAGAAGGUGAUUUCUUUUAAUGCCGCACUUGGAAUGGCUCGACGCGUCGCGGUUUUUUCAAAUUCGAGCCAUUCCAAAUGCGACCAAAUUCACUCAAAAACCUUCGAAAUUCCAGAACUCGCCGAUGUACUGCGAAAAGUUCGGUCCGCGUCACAUUUGAUGACGAUUACGGUACAAUUUUAAUAUCUACAGUAGACGGGAGAGAUAUUUUGUAAGUUUUCCGGGUUACUGUAGCUUUUUAUCCAUUCUCAUUCCAGGUGUAAAGCAGUGAAUCUGCCGUCAAAUGAGGAGCAGAGGCUGGAAUUCGAGGUUGGUUACUAUAGGAUACUGUAGGUUAUUGUAGAUUUGAGAUUCUUCUAAUGUUGUUUAUUUUUGAUGCUUUUUUGCGCACUGAUUUUUUUCUAGAAAUGCCUGGAACUUCAAAUUUAUUCAUUUUCAGUAACCAUUUUAGAUUACUGUAGGCGUAGAAAAAUUUUAUAAAUUUUUGAAAUUGUUGAUUUUCGGGAUGGACUUCAUUUGCGUUUUUCUGAAUUUUCUUAACUUUUAUCUUCCGGUAGAUUACUGUGGAUUUACUGUAGGAUUUAUUUUUUUUUAAUUAAUUUCUAUCAUACUGUAUUCAUUGAAGGUUACUGUAGCUUUAAACGAUUUACGGAUGUUUAUAAUUCUUUAUUUCUGGACGGUGCUUCAGUUUCACAUUUCUCUCAGUUUUACUCUAGGAUUUUCAUUUUUUAAUUUUUACAGUAAUUUCUGAAGAUUACUGUAGUUCGAAGAGAAUUUAGCGAGUUUUAGAAUUUUUUAUUUCUCGGGAUGAUUCUUGUAUUGAAUUCGUUCUUUUCUCCUGAAUUUUUAUAAAUUUCUUCUCUUUGAAGGUUACUGUAGGUUUACUGUAGUUUUUUUAAAUUUUCGAUAACUUUUUGGUGUUCUGUAUUCAAUGAAGAUUACUGUAGUUUGAAACGGUUUUCUGAAGUUUAUAAUCCUCCACCUUCCGCAGUUGGGUGUACUGUAGAACUUCCGCUCUAGAUUUUUUUUGGGUUCUACAGUAACCCAUGAAGAUUACUGUAGCUUCAGAAAAUCUUUAUAAGUUUCGAAAUUGCUGAUUUUUUGAAAUUUUUCAUUCGCGUUUUUUUGUAUUUUCAUAACUUCCACUUUUUGAAAGGUUACUGUAGAUAUACUGUAGUAUUUUCAGUUUUGUAUUAAUUCUGUCAUACUGUAUUCAAUGAAGGUUACUUAAAUUUUCCUUCUUAAAUUUCUACAGUAACCUUCGAGGUUUACUGUAGUUUAAAACAGUUUUCCCGAGCUCUAAAAUUUCUGGUUUCUCGGGUUUAUUCAUGUUUUUCAUUCGUGUAUUUCUGAAUUUGCAUAAAUUCCUUCUUACUGAAGAUUACUGUAGGUAUACUGUAUAAAUUUCGUUUUUAAAAUAUUUCGGUCUUACUGUAUUCAAUGAAGAUCACUGUAGCUUUCAACGGUUUUCUGAAGUUUAUAAUCCGCUACCUCACAAAGUUGGUCUCUUGGUUUCACUGUAGGAUUUGAACUCUAGAUUUUUUUUUUGGUUCUACAGUAACCCAUGAAGAUUACUGUAACAGUAUCUCUUCCCAGUGAAUAAUUUUAGAUUCCACUGGAAACGAAACAAAACGUUCCCUUCGAGAAUUUCCUCGUCGAAUGUCAUAAAUCCGGCAAACUGGUCUACAGUAAUCCGUUUGUCAAUUUUGUAGGUUUUUUUUAGAAUUUAUACGGUAUUUAAAUUUUUAUUUUGAAAUAAAAUUAAUUCAGGCGGCCAGAAAACCAAGGAACGACUUCAAUGCUUCAGAGGUCUUUUAAUUGGAUUUUAAAUUUAAAUUUCGGAUUUUUCAGUCUUCUGAAGCUUCCUUGGCGAUUCUUACCGUAUCCAGCGCUUCAUACUCGGAAAUAUUGAGAAAAUUACCAAAAAGUUUGGAUUUUAUGCGAGAAAAUCGGUUCAUCUCCUACUCCAUGUUGAGCAAGGUACUUCUUGUUCUUCUAAGAAAAAGACUUUUAGAAUUUUUUUUAAAAUAAAUACAUAGUUAGUGGCCCCUAGAGGGGCAAACUGAGGGAAGGUUCCCUGAAGGGCCAUUAAAGCUUGCAAAAGUGGCCCCUCUAGGGGAAGCAUGCUUCAGGUAUUUUACCCUUCAAAUCAAAACAAAAAUUAGAAGACCACUACAGGGACCACUUAAACUUUAGGAGCUUAAAAGUCACACUCCAAGCCCCUUUAGAGACCACUUGAGUUUAAUCCCUCUAGAGAGCACUUUUUUGCCCCCUUCAGGGGCUUUUUUAACCUCGCCCCUCUAGGGACCACUAUGGCGUUCCUAUGAAAGAUUUCUUGUAAACUUUUUUUAAAGUGAAAAAAAUGUCAAAAAAACUUUGGAAAUUUAUAAUUAGUGAUUUAAAAAAAGUUUUCUGUUUCAAAACAGUUAAAAAAAGGAUUAUUAAAUGCACUAUUUUUGAUUUUAAGUUUUUCGACAGAAAAACUUUUGAUUAGACAUUCAAACAUUUUUUUCCCAAUGAAAGUAUGUGAAAUAUUCUUUUUAAAUGAUGGAUUUUCAGCCGCAAGUUGUAAGAUAUUGUCACUAAAUUAUUGAAAAAAAUGACUAAAAAAAUUACAUUUUUUUGGCUGAGAAGUUGAUUAAAAUCCAGAAAAAAAAAAUCGAGUUUGUUUGGAUUUUUUUUUUAUCGAGUUUGGAUUUCAAUUUUUUUACAUCAAGUGCGCUCCAAGGAGAGUUGAAUCUUCAAAAAAAAAAUUUUUUCAAGAAAUUUAUGAGCUUAUAAUGGUACAAGAGUCAAUGGGAAAUAAUCAAAAAAAUCAUAUUUCAAAAGAAAAGAUUCGAAAAAAGACAGGUCGAAUCGAGUCCCGAGGAGAAUUUCGAAAGGACUUUUGGAGCUUCUGAAAAUGGCAAGACUCUUUGGGAUUCCAUGAAAGGUUUGUUUUAAAAAUGACGUCAUCAAAUUGAUUAAUGACGUCACUCAGAUCGCGGUUGCGUCACGCUCACCAAUAAAAUCGCGAAAUCUUCUGGGAUUCCUCAAAAAUCCCUGGAUUUCGACCUGAGUUCCUGGAAAUCUACCAACAGUUUGAAUGAUUGUAACGCGGUAAGUUAGAAGAAAAUCUGGAAAAUGUGGUCGGUUUUGGACGGCGUGGUCGCAUUUGGAAUGGAUCGGUUUGAAACGGACGAACCGCAACGCGACCGCCACGCGUUGAACCAUUCCAAAUGCGACCAAAUUUUUAAAUUCAAAAAUUUUUUUGAUAUGGUUCAUUUCUUCAGAAAAUGACCAGUCAACUUUGAAAAAAACCCCCUUUUUCUGGAUUUUUUUCAAUUUUUUUCCCAUGCAUCGAUUUCAGGUCAAAAAAAUAAGCCUGACCAAAAAUUUUCUCAAAAAAUACGAAAAGUUUGAUUCUUGAAGUCCAAAAUCAAGAAUGGAUCAUCUUUUAAAAACACUGAAGGGGUCCCUAGAGAGGACUCUUGAAGGUUUCCCUCUAGGGGCCAAUUUAUUUCCUUUACAGGAGACACUGAAAAAUUGAAAAAAACUUAAAUUAGUAUUUUUUUAAUAUUCGCAGGCUAAUCAAAAUCCAGAUUUCUAGACAUUUUGGUUACGUAAAAAAAGUUGAAAUCAAAAAAAUUUCAAACCUUUUUGAAAAUGCCCGAAAACGGCGAACCGACGGACUUUUUCCAUUCUGUCGAAAAAUAAAAUAUAUUUUCAGACGCCUUCUGAAGUGGAAGUUUGGAAAAAGAUUCUCGUUGAAAUUCCGCGAUUCGUGUCAUUUUUCGCUGAUGGAAAUGGACAAUUUCGAGAAUUUCGGGUCGGAAGGAGACGCCGUUUUGAGGUAAAAAUAUAGAUUUUGUAGGAAAAAACGUUAUUUUUAUGCAGAAUAUUGUUACGAUGUUGAAAAAGUCGAAACCGAAAAAAUUUCCUUCGAAAACCUUUAAGUGGUCCCUAGAUGUUCACUUUUAUUUCAUUUCUUAAAAAUUUUAGGGCGGUCCCGGGGCCGAAAAAUUGGGUAAAAUCUAGGUGGUCCCUAUAGGGUUUAGGGUCGGACCCCUUAGCCCCUAAAGUCAAUGUGGUCGCUUUAGGGGUCUUUAAUUUUUGUUCAAAAAGGUUUAUUUGUUCAGUUUUUCACAUGAAAGUUUUUACUGACAUAGAGUUUAUAAAAGUAUCGACUAGAAUGACCCCUAUAGGGGCCACUUUUGCGAACUUUAGUGGCCCCUAUAGGGGUUAGUAGAGUGGUCCCUAGAGGGGACCCUGGAGUCCGCAAUUUUUUUGAAAAAAACAUUUCUAGCGUCGAUGUUCAACUGAAAUCGCAACUGCUUUUUUUUCAAAAAAAUCUCACAAUCAUUUAAAAAAAUGUCUCUAUUAUCCUAAAAAAAGAGUCCCGAAACAGAAAAAGGUAACUAAAAAUUUUCUAUAGCCGAGGGUAGCUUUCUUCUGGAAUUUUUUAUUCGAAAAAAAUGAUAUUUUAUCUCAAAAAUAUCAAUUUUUUCAAUGUUUGAGUUUUUCGAAUUCCUAAAAACUUACAUAUUCAUUCAAAAUUCCAGUGAGAAACAUUUUGAAGAAAAAAAAGUUAAAAAGUUCAUUUUUUUUUGGAAAAAAUGGGAAUUUCCGGAAAACGCGCUCUAUUGAGAACUCUAAAGGUACGGUGAGGGAUGUCAUCAUUUUUCUUCGUUUUUUUUUUGCUUUUUUUUGUAUGAAUGAUCAUUUAAAACCUUUGCUUUUUAAAUAUUUAUCGAAUAAAAUCAGUUUUCCUUCCAGAAAUGCCCUCGAGGUUAUGAAAGCCAAUGGAGUUUUCGAUUCGACGAUUAUUGUCAUAAUGUCGACGGAUGGGAUUAAAAAUGGGUCGGUUUUUGUGUUUUUCAUGUCAUUUUUUGAUAAAUUUCGAAUUUUUCGAUGUCUUUUUUUCGAAAAUUUACCUUUUUUAUGGAAAUUUUUUGGAAGAAAACUCGAAAAUCACACUUUUUAGGAGUUGAAUUCGUAUUUCUGUGAGUUUACUGUUCUUGAAAUAAUUUUUAUUGAUUUUUUUUCGCAAAGAAUACUUUCAGGUAAAUUGUUGUAGUAUGAAAAUGUUAAUUUUACAAGUUUACCGGAUUUUUUUUUUGAAAUUAACUUUUCUGUACCCUCAAAUGAAACAGUGAUGUGGUUUUGAGGCAUAUCUGAUGGAAAUUAUUAUUUUUUUUCAGUUUUGUUCGUUUUCCUUUCAAAUGGACCAUUGAGAAAUGAUUUAUAAUGAAAAAUUUCGAUGUUCCAGGAGGUCAACAAUACCAGGCAGAGUCGAGGAGCGAAAUCCAUUUUUUUCACGAUAAGAAUCCCGGAAAAAAAGUCCGGCGCGUCCAUCCCGAGCAUUUCCGGAAUCUCCUGGAGAAUUCCAACAGGUUCCUGUUUCAAAAAAUAGAUAAAGAUAAAAAAAGAGUAACUGAAAUCAUUUACGAAAAAGUGAGUUUAAAAAUCGAAAAAAAUCAAGCAAAAAAAUUGUCAAAAAUUUCCUUCGAAAAAAAAAAAGUUCGAAAUUUGAAAUAGAUUUGACAGAUUCAUGAAACCGUUCUGGGACUUUCAAAAAUGAAAAUGAUCGUUCUUCAAAGAUUUUUUAAACGUCACGAAAAAAAUCACACUUUGGAAACUGCUUCAGUUUUAGGAAGUUCAGUACUUUCCUAAUAUUUUCUUGAAUUUCCCGAAAAAAUUUAUUUUUUUCUGAAUAAUUUUUGCCCAAAAGCUGAAACAUUCUUCGAUUUUAAGGACAUUUGACUAUUUUUUGGAGAUUUCAAUGGAAAAUUUCCUUUUUAAGUUGGUUGGAAAGCAAGGCCUUAACGUUACUUUUACAAAAAUGACUUGCAGCCGACCCAAAACGGCUUGCGCCAGAUGGUAUCAGUAACCAUAUCUUAACUACUUGCAGACUUUAAAUUCGAAAAAAAAACCUUUUCCCCCUUUUUUUUGCUCUCUUUCAAAAGCGAUAAUGGGAAAACUCCAAUUUUUUUUUUGAGAAGCACGAAAAUUUUUGAUAUUGUGUAAAUUGGCGUCGAGUGCAUGCACCAAAACGUUAUAUCCUACGACAAUUUAUUUAUUUUUUUUUUUGAAUUUUUUUAUUUUAGAUUGGCCACAAACGCCGACGUAGCCCUGACGCUCAGAGAUUUGGCCGAAAAUCGGUUUCCGGAAAUAAUUCCGGCCCGAAAGUUGAAGCCCAAUCAGGAUGAUUUUGGUUUCUUUUUCGGCAUGAAAAUUAUUUUUUUUUUGAUUUCAGACGAACUUGAAGAGGACCACGAAGCUCACUCUUUUUCCCUGAUUCAGACGAUUUUGUGGGAGAAAAGGAGUUGCGAACAGGCUGGAAUCCGAGAAGAUUUAUGCCUCUGUAUGGUGGAAUUGGAAGACAGGAGCGAAUUGAUGGAUAAGUGUGGAUUGCUUUUUUGGUUAUGGGGUGAAAGAAAUUAGUUGCCUAUUUAUAAAAAGAAAAAAACUGAUCGGAAAAAGUCAUAAAAAAAAAAAAAGGUGAAGAAGUGAAAAAAACGAUGAAAAAUUUUGUAUGUUGAGGGAAAAACAAAAAUAAAUAAUAUUGCGGUUUCAAGGAAACAUAUUAUUGAAAAAGGUUGGAUCAGCAAAAUGAUAAAAAGAAUAGAAAAAAAUGGCGCCCAUUCAAAAAAAGUUUUCAUUUGAAAUAAUAAUGUUACGAGGUCUUGUAAAUUAUUGAACCGUUAAAAAAAAUGUCUUUCCAGUCAUUUUGAAACGUGAAAGUUGAGAAAUGAGUUCCUCAUUGAAAUAUGCUUCAAAUCGAAUAUAUUUCGAGAAAUUUUCUAGUUGUUCAAUGACCGGAUAGUCACUUGACAAAAAUUCUUCUCAGAUAUCAAUUUCUUACUAUAAGUGUAGAGAAAAUGUAGGCACACUGAAUUUUUGACUUAGACCUUGUUUCAUUUUUGAAAAAAACGGCUCGAAAAAAAGUAGUCUUGAUAUUUUUGAAACUUAGGCAAAGAAUUGGUUCAUUUGGAAAAAAACUGCGGGGGGGAUUCUAGAAUAAGGAGGGGGUCGAUUUUUGAUGAUAAAGGGAGCGAUCCUAACAUGAGGAGGGGGUCGAUUUUUAAAUGAUGUGGGGGCGAUUCUGAAAUGAGGGGAGGGAUCGAUUCUAGAAUGAUGGAGGAGCGAUUUCAGAAUGAGGGGGGCGAUUCUAGAAAGAGGGGGGAUUCAUGAAAAUAGCCUAGGCACAUUCUACAAUCGUCCCUCCACUUAUCACGCAAUGUGAGGGGCGAUUCUAGAAUAAGAUUAUGCCCCCCUUCGGAUCGAAAUUUGUCUUUGUGGGCGGGAGGAGGUGGGGGGCUUGUUCGGACAAGGGGGUGAAGGAUUCUGGAGUUUUCCCUCGCGGGGAAUUUUGAGGAAUAAAACUUUUUAUAUUUUUUUGACUUGUGAAACGAUUUUUCAUUUUUUUCCUACCUUGGAACCGCAAUCAAUUUUAUAAAAAAACAUUUUUUUUUGGAUUUUUGAGGCCAGAAAUAAGUUUUUUUAUGAAUGAUUGUAAUCGCCUGAAGUUUUGUCAGAUUUUUUUGAGAGCAAAGAAAAAAAUUUAUUGGGGAUAUUAUUUUUUUAAACAAUCAUUGUGAGGCUCUGACUUGUAACACAUUUACGAGCUCUUGAAAAAUUCUAAAAUUAAAAAGUUUUUUUGAGUGAGAUUUUAAAACGUGUGAAGGUGGAGAAAUGUAUUCCCAAUCAACAUACGUUCCAAAGUGGAAAUAUUUCGAAAAAAAUUCUAGUUUUCUAGUCGAAGUUAAUGCGGUUUCCACAAAAAAGUAUUCUUGAAAUAUUUUUUUCAAAAAAAUAAAAUUCAAAUUUUCUAAUUUAUUGAGGAGAUGGCUGUACAAGGAAAGGAGUUUUUUUUAAAAAAUUUUUUUCCGUAAAUUUUUUUAAUUUUUUUAUAUUGAUCCAAGGCUUCUGGAUGUGUUCAUUUAUUGGUAAGGAUAAAUAAAAAAAUAAAAAAAGAUAUAAUAAUAAAAAAAUAAAAAAAUAAAUACAAUAAAAAAAUAAAAAAAUAAAUGACGGAAGAGAAAAAAAUGUAAAAUGUAGCCAUUCUGGGUCAAAAAAAUCUCAAAAAAAUUUUUUUCUGCAAUCAGUUUUGACGUUAAUGACCAUUUAAAGCUAGAAAAAAAUGAACUGAUUGAAAAAAAGAAAAAUUCCGACAUUUUCCAGCACCUCCGACGAGUACAACACUCUAUACGAAAUGAUGCAAAAAGACAUUUUGGAGCACGAAAAAUGUGUCGUCGAAACGACGACCAAUGAGCUCCUUUUCCCGACCGUCCGCACUUUCCAACUCAACGACGCCGUCCUUGGAGUGUAAAUUCAUUGAUUUUUCGCCGGAAGUUUGUGAAAAAAUUGAAUUUUUAGGGCUUUUUUGUGAAAAUUGUAACGUUAUUUAGUGAUUUAGGGCUUUUAGGGCGAAAAUUCCAAAAUUUCACCUUGAGAUUGUAGAAGAAGCCGUCUUUUUCUUGUUGUGUGAAUUUUUAACGAUGAAAUUCGCCAAAGGCUCUCAAUUUUUCGGCCAAGGCGCUUUCUGUGAGGCGUAAGUUGUUUUGAGGUCGGGCGCAAAGAAAUUUCAUGAAUCGUAGAGAAAUAGGCCAUUCUUCCUGCGACCAUGGAUCCAUUCAGAAUAUAUUGAACCUUUUUUCUCGAAAUUUUAGAAAAUGAAAGGUCAUUUUAUGGCCAAAAACUUUUUGUAAGGCGCAAGUCGUUUUGAGGUCGGGCGCAAAGGAAUUUCAUGAAUCGCAGAGAGUUAGGCCAUUCCUCAUGGUCUCAUUCCAAAAAAUUUUGAACUUUUUUUCGGAAUUUAGGACGAAAAACGAUCAUUUUAUGGCCAAGACGCUUUUUGUGUGGCGUAAGUCGUUUUGAAGUCAGGCGCAAGAAAAUUUUCUCAGCUUCUAUGCUUAGAGCCAUUCCAAUUGCGGCCACAGACUUGUUGUUAACUUUUUUGGGUAUGAACUGGCCAGGAUCAAACUUGCCAGAGGCUCUCAAUUUUUUGGUCGAGCUUAUGAAUAGUAAGGAGUUGAGCCAUUCCUCAUGCGACCAUGGAUCCAUUCAGGGAAUAUUGAACCUUUUUUCAAAAUUGAAACGAAAAAUGAUCAUUUUAUGACCAAGAAGCUUUUUGUAAGCCGCAGAGGUCUGGCGCAAAAAUUUUAAUAAUUGCUUCACGUUAAACCAUUCUCCCUGCGACCAUGGAUCCAUUCAGGAAAUAUUGAACUUUUUUUCGGAAUUGAGGACGAAAAACGAUCAUUUUAUGGCCAAGCGCUUUUUGUGAGGCGUAAGUCGUUUUGAGGUCGGGCGCAAAUAAAAUUUUAUGAAUAGUGAGAAGUUGAGCCAUUCCUCAUGCGACCAUGGUUUCAUUCAAAAAUAUUGAAUCGUUUUCCACAUUUUGAGACAAAAAUGGUAUUUUUCUGGCCAAAAAGCUUUUCGAGAGGCGUAAGUCGUUUUGAGGGACGAAUUGGGCUGCUUUUUGUAGUAAUACCUGAAACUGAGAAGUGAGGAUUAUUGGAUAUUUAGGAACACCUCAAACCCCGUCCCUCGAUCCGUUGAAUUCUACGAACUUGGGAUUCGGGGUCUUGCCCCGAAACCGUCGAAAAGAGCCCAACAUGUGAGAAAUGACCCAGAAAAUGAUAAUUUCAUCCAUUUUCAGCUGUUUUUCGACGCUCUGGGCCGGUUUCGGAAUUAUAUAAUGGAUCAGAAAAUUGAAAAAGCGUCGCCUUUCGUGAUCGUCUUCAAAAAUGAGUUCUGCCUGUCCCAGCGGUUGGACGAGUCCCCGAGACUUGAUGGGUGAGCAUUUCUUGAGAAACGGUGCGGUUGCGACGCGUUUUGGCGCCAAUUCAAAAGCUGUCCCUUUUAUGGAAAUUAUGAAAAACGAAAAAAAAAAGAAAGAAGAACCUUUUUGAAAAGUGGUAGAUGCGCAAAAUUGAUUUCUCCAACAGAAAAUGCAAAAAUUUUUCAAAUUGGCGCCGAAACGCGUCGCGACCUCUCCGCACGCGAAAAUGGCCGCGAAUCGAAAUUUCUGAGUACCUGCGUCUCUCUGUCCCCACGGCCCACUUUUUCUCUGUAAAGUAUCAUGUGUCGUCUGCAUGCACGGCGCCGCUUUCGCGCAGGAAAAUUCGUCUCAAAGACCUCUGGCCACGCCUGCGCCUUUAAUGUUCCGCUUAUUCACGUCCUACCGUUCCAAUGACGUCAUGUGGGAGCGGUCAGAGAAAAUGGAAAUAGCACGUCGAAAUGAGAGCGUCGCCAAAAUUGACUACAACAGUUUAUGAAAAGAUCAAUCAAAUCAAAAUGUUUUAUUUUUCUCACACAAGUAUUAUAAUUCACGAAACAGAUUCUGUCAAUUUUUAUGAAGUUUCGAUCAAUUGAAUUUUUUCGAAAUGUUUGAACCCUUUUAAUGAAAUAAUCACGUGCUUUUUGAUGAAAGGAUUGUCCCAAAAACCAAAUUUUCUUCACCUCAGACAUUUUUUACGACAAAAAUCACUGUUUGGGCCAUUUUUCACUUGAAACUCAACAGAAACUAUGCUGUAGUCAAUCCUUCUCGGUUUGAAAAGCGAGGGAGGCGGGGCAAGGGGCGGGACGCGUAGCGUGUGCGUUCGCGGUUCUUGGCCCGAGUUCAAUUCAAUUGCCGCCGACUAUUCAAAAAGCUCGGCAACCGCUCUUUUUCAAUGUUUUCUACCAUUUUUGAUGCACACAUGAACAUAAUCAAUAAAUGAUUGAAAAAGAAAUGAAAAAAGGGCUUUUCAAACAGUUGGCGGCAGUUGAAUUGAACGCGUCUCAAGAACCGCGAACGCACACGCUACGCGUCCCGCCCCUUGCCCCGCCUCCUUCGCCUUUCAAGUCGGGAAACAUUGACUAUAGUGAAAAGAAUUUUCUGGUGAAAAUUUCGAGUUAAGAUUCUAAAAAUUUCAUCAAGCCUCUGAUCAAAAAGAUGGGCCGCUUUUGUAAUAUUCUGUUCUUGAAAGUCUCUAAUGAUUUUUUCAGCUUUUGCGAGAUGUGCUACGACAAGCUGCUACUCACGCCAAGCCGACCCAAUACUUUCAGUUGA